AUCUGCAGCAGGCGUUACACCUCCUGCUUGCUUCAGUAAUCUGAGUCACAUCCCUGGAUGCAGCAUCAGAUCUUCUGGGACACCAUCUGUGUGUAUGUGUGAGUGUGGGUGGGAGAGGGGCAUCAAACUCCUACCUGCCUCUGGGAGACUGGGAAGAAUUUACGCCCCUGCCAAUCACUGUUAGUGAAUAGUUAUAGUCAACUAUUUAAAAACAAGAAAAAUAAAUCCGGAAUAGUACGGAUUAUAAUAUUAGUGUGCUUUACUAUUAGUUAUGACGAGAGCUCCCUGUCACACACUAACAGCUGAUGGUCUAUGUAACCAGCAUCCCCCGGCAGGCAGACACUAGAGCUGCACCAGCCUGUGUACGUCUCCGCCCCCAGCACUGCCUGUCAGUGUAGCCUGACCAGCACUCAUGUCACGCACUCAGCAGUCCGCACACAGCUGUCCUGUUGCUGAGCAGGCAGAGUGAGGCUCAGUACAGCCGGGCAUGUGAAGCGGUGCUGGGCUCAUGACGCUGGGGAAGGCAGCGGUGGGUGCUGGGGCUGGUGCACACAGUGAGCUGAAUAUUAACCACCCAGCACUGAGCCCGCCUCUCCCGCACUGACACUGCACUCGGCACGGAGACAUGUGAGGAGCUGCAGCCCAGCAGCAGGACUCAGAAAUGUCAGUGCGGAUUGUAUCUCUUGGGAAUGAGGGCAAUCCAGCCUGUGAGGAUGAAGAGCAUUCAAGCCUAUUGUCUUUCUACCUUGGACACAAAGCUGAUGGAUUACAUAUAGAGGUCAGCCACCCAGUAUUCAAGGUCUACCAGGCCAUUGUUUUGCGUAGAGUCCAGAUAGUGGUGUAUGAAUGUCCUGACUGGGACACAUUUGAGAGUGAUGCGCAGAGGUCUCAGGACAGGAUAUUAGAAGCAGAUGUCUUUGUAAUAAAGUUCGCUGUCAGUGAUAAAGCUUCAUUCCUGAAUGUAAAGAACAAUUUUGCUCCAUUAAUAAAACAGAUAGUUAGCCAACGUCCUGUGCCGGUAAUCAUCUUGGCAAUUGGUGCUAGACAAAAUGAUGGUCCACCCUGCACUUGUCCCAUGUGCACCUCAGACAGAGAGGUUUCUGUCACUGCUUUGGAAGGGAUUCAACUUGCCAAGGACAUAGGAGGUACUUACCUAGAGCUGCACGCUCUGAAUGACUUCUACGUGGUGAAAUACUUUGGAGGACUGUUAGAAUACUUCAUACUUCAGACAAUGAACCAGAGGUCGGCUGUAAGUGUAAGGAAAAAGAACAAGAAUCAAGCCCUUAAGGUUAAACCUCCCAAACUGGGACAACCAGAAAAGAUGCCUGUUUUGAAGGAUGAGCCGUCGCAGUAUAUUACCGAUGUACAAGAUUUGCUGCUUCGCGGGCAGUGUGUGGAUGUGAUCUUUUUUACCACUGACAUGAAUCCGCUAUCCGGCGCACACCGAGUGGUGCUGUGUAGCAUGAGCUCAGUCUUUAAGCUGCUUUUUGGUGUGAUGCCUACAAGGGAGAUCUAUAACUCCAGUAUACGCAGGACAGCGCACACUCUGUUCUCUGUGUGCCCGGAACCCGCAGUAUCCUCUCAGAACGCUCCAGUAAGAGUUAUUGUUAAGGACUCCCAGUUCCAUACAUGUUUAUCUGACAUUCUCCACUUCAUUUACUCAGGUGCAAUGCAGUGGCAGCUGCUGGAGCAACAUCUUAAGGAAAGGUUGGAAAAUAGUGAGGUGGUGCGUGUUUUCCACAUAGUACGAUGUUUACUAAAGAAGCCAGGACAAGUUCUGAAUUCAUCAGACGUGCCUUAUUCACAUGCUAAGAAGCCGUUGCAGUUAUGCGACUCUCUUGGGCUAUUUUUUAACACUCCAUUGUUGGCGGAUGUAAUCUUCCAAGUGCAAGAUACUAAAAUACCUGCGCAUCGGGCUGUGCUGGUGGCCCGCUGUGAUGUAAUGGCUGCCAUGUUUAGCGGAAGUUACAUGGAAGCGAAUUGUGUACUUAUUCCAGUGUAUGACCUAUCCAGGGACACGUUCCUUGCUUUUCUGGAGUAUAUUUACAAAGAUUCCUUCUACCCUGCUAGCAUUCUGCAAGCCAUGUCACUUCUCAUUUGUUCUGAGAUGUACCAAGUGUCAAGACUGAAACGUGUAUGUGAACGUUAUAUCGUCACUCAACUGCAGAGCAUGCCAAGCAGAGAACUGUCAUCAACAAGUCUCAGUGUGGUCAGUCUGCUUAAGAAGGCCAAGUUUCAUAACUCUGAAUGUCUGUACACUUGGCUGCUUCAUUUUAUUGCUACUCACUAUCUGAUUUUCAGUCAGAAGCCAGAAUUCCAAGACCUCUCAGCUGAAGAACUGGAUUUUAUUGAGAGUCACAAGUGGCCUUCGAAUGUUUACUUGAAUCAGCUUAUGGAAUAUAGACGAUAUAUCCACUCCCCGAAAUACAGCUGUGCUGUCAUGUGACCAGGGCAUGCAACGGACUGGCUUAUGAGACUCCUCACAGAACAAUGAACCACCAUCAUUAUCUUUAUAUCACUGUUUUUUAAUUAUUAUUGCCGUGUUGACACUCAUAUUUAAUAAUAAUGCUAAGUUUUCAAAAUUCCCUACAUUUUCCGUUAUGAUAAAUAGAAAAUAUAUGCGUAAUUACAUAAUGUCUGUAAUAUUAUUUUCUGAAGAUUGCUUACUUGCUGAUGUUUGGAACCUGUCCUCUUGGAGAUUCCAAAGGGAGGCGUAAGUGGAAGGACCAGGUGAUGUGGUUUGUGGCAUCCUGGCAUACUGUAAGGUUUCCAGCAAAUCACAUCAUCCAAUCUAGCCCCCACCCCCUUCACAUGGGAACUGGGCUGAAUCCGGGAGCGUUCCCUGCUCUCACCGAGUCACGGCCUUAAAUGCGUGAGUCUUCCGGACAGUCCGGGAGGGUAGGCAAGUAUGGAUGAUUGCCAGCUGAUCGGAUGCUCUGUCUCCUAGUGAGCAGUGUGGUAUAGUUUAUGUUGAGAACACAGAAUUUCUGAUACUAGUGAUACAUAAGCCAAUCCUACUGCUGGACUGGAGGGCUGAGCAGUUGCUUCACUGCUAACUAAGGGUGUGUACACACUAUGCAAUAUCGCAUAUAAUUCGGCUGAUAUCGGCCGGCUCAUUGCUAUAUUGUAUAGUGUGUAUGCAUGAUACUGGAUACGAUGCGCACUCUCGCAGGUCUUGUCCAGCUUCGCACGUCGGACAUGCAUGCAGAUCUGACGUGCGAUAUUGCUUACGAGGGCCAUGCAGCUUGGCCUUGCUCCCCCUCCUCCCCCCAUCGCAGCCGACAUUGGCAAGUGUGUAUGCACUUACCGAUGUUGGAUCCCGUCGCGGACGACAUUGCAUGGUUUGCGAUGUCAUCCUAAUGUAUACAUAGCCUUACACGGGGGUUGUUAAGUUACUUGCUUUAUCAACAGGCACAUUAUGAUAAUGUGAAUGCUUUCCCUGAUUGCAUAGAGCAACACAUAUGUAUAAAUGGGUUGAGUAGGUUAACAAGAAAUUGCUAUAUCAUACAUUUUAGGAUAUUUAAUUUAUUGACUGAAUCCUCUGACUUGAAAUGUGGAAUGGAAUUUCACAAAAAUGUAUCAGAAUGCAAUGAGCAACUUUUCAUUUUUUUGCGAGCUAUUCUGACAUUUGUGAAAAGUCACUAAAGUACAGAUCCGCACCUUCAUCAGCAUACUGGCAAUAUUAUCAGUUGGCUCACGUGACAAUGCUACUUAGGUGUGUUUUAUGCUUCUCUUAAUAUGGUGUAGAACCUGCUCAAAAUGCUAUUUAUGUGACAUUGACAAAUACUGAAGUGACUUAGGGAUACCCCAGGGUCAGUAACGUAAGGGCAAAACAGUCCCUAAUAUUCCUGAAUAAAUACAUAAACAUAAUCUGCACACAGAUAAGAUAAAUGAACCGCUGGGCAGUCUCUACUGAAGUAAAUACACCAGUUAGAGCUGGAAGGAGAUACACAUCACAUGGAAUGUAUGAAGAAAAAUUAUCUUAAUUUCUUAAACUAUGAUGUGUAAAUAUUUUGCACAUUGCGUAUGAUGUAACAGUGUAUAGUUGUAUAGCAUUAAUGACAUUUUGAGAUUCUUAAACUUUUUCUAAAAUAACCUCUAUGAAUAGUGCAUACUUUACUAACUAGAGCAGAUCUAAUAGCAAACCAGAUAUACUACAACUUUUGUAUUGUAACAUGUAAGAUUAAAAUGACUCCAAAACCCAA